GUUUGUUAUUACAAAAAUCGCACAUUUAUUUAUUACUCUUGUUAUAUUAGAUUUCUGUAGAGAUGUAUAAUAUAUUUCUUGUAAAAUGAACGUUCAGACAUUUACCUUAGAAACAUAAUUGUAUUUACAUAACUGAUUAUUAAAUAAUUGUUUUUUUAUUUUUUGCAUUCACGAAUUUUGCUUAUCGCGGAAGCAUUAACUUCUCAAUCAACUACUGCGUAUAUGGGAAUUAGUCUGCCUUCGCCAGCUACACUAAAAAGUAGUAAAAGCUUUAGUAAAGUAACUAAAAUGCGCAAAUUGAGGUUAUUGAUAUCUAUCAUCGUCAUCACCGUCGCUGGUUACUUUAUCAUCCAUCACCACAUUCAGACAGUCGGUUUGCCGCCUUCUGUAUAUAGGAUUAGAAUGGGUAUUUUGUCUCCUCAGCUCAUUCAUUGGGAAGAAGAAACUGAUCAAUUUAAGAAGAUCUCGUUCUAUGAUGAUGCUCUGCUCACACCACCAGGUAUAAAAACGCCGAUUAUACAAUCACCAAAUAAUCAAAAUCCUUUCACACAAGCCCUUCCCUCUAUUCCUGUUAAUGAAAUUCAAGUAUACCCUCGUACUCCAUCGCUUCCACCGAACGCUCCUGAUUUAGAUCAAAUCUUGUUCGUUAUGACAACUACUUCGAAAAGAGCCCAAGAAUACUCCCAAUUAUGGUCUCAUUUCCUUGAUUAUGACUCUCAAUGCUUAGUUAUGCUCUCACCUUCAGAAUCUCAAGAGCAACAUUCACUUGAAUAUUUCUUACGACAUGAACGGGGACUUAAUUGUUAUGUGAGGACUUCAAAUGUAGAUAAAUAUGAAAACCGUAUGUUAUCUUUACCUGCUGAAGCAUUACAAUUCGCCCCAAACAUUGAUUGGGUCGUCAUUGGUGAUGAUGAUACUACAUUUAUUGAUAUUAGAUUGGUUCAGCGUAUGUUAGCGAAAUAUGAUCCUAGACAAGAUUGGUGCUUAGGCGGAUCCACUGAAUCAGCUCGUCAAUUUGAACAAUUCGGUAAACAGGCUUUUGGUGGCGCAGGUAUUUUCCUCAGUAAUUCUCUAGCUCAACGAAUCGCCGAUACGUUUGAGCUUUGUACUGAAGAAUUUAGAGAUGAAAUGGGUGGCGACGGUAAAUUAUCCAAGUGUGCUGCACUUUCUGCAGAGAAAGAUAUGAAAGACACUAUAACUCAUGAAAAAGGUUUACAUCAAUUGGAUUUACCUGGUAAUGCUGAAGGAUUCUUCCAAUCAGGUCAACCGUUUAUAUCAGUUCACCAUCUGAUCAAUGGUUGGUCUGACGUUAUUCCUAGUUAUUUCCCAAAAUAUAUGUCAGAAGAUUGGACAGCGAUCAAAAUUAUUUUACGUGCAGCGAAAUUCUUAGGAGGUGAUAAUCUGUUUAGAAGAUUUGCUUUUGAUGGUGGUAGAACAUUAGUCACUUUAGGACACUCGAUCAUUGUUUUUAGGGAAACACUAACGCCAGAACACUAUAAAAACGUUGAGCAUACUUGGUUUUGGCCUGAUUAUACUUUAAUUGAUUCAUUACCAACAAGAUCUCACAACAAGCGAUCAUAUGAAUACUUCCUUAAAGAUAUUUACCCAACUUCUUUAGAUUUGUCAACAGUAUCUGGAUAUACUGAACAACCUCCUUCAAACUGGAAUGAAUUAUCGGAUUUAGAGAAAGAUUUUGCUUUGGAACAGUCAUCAACCGUUACUUUUGUAUAUGAGGAAUGGUACAGGAAACGUACACUGAAGAUGGUAUGGGAUGAAACUAGAUCUGAUGUUGAUCUUAAAGGUGAUGGUCAAUGGUUCGGUCAAGAUUGGUUAGAUCAAGAAUCUGAAUAUUUGCAACUUAGAUAUCAAAACAUAUCAUCACAUAUUUAAUUGAUCGUCAAUUUAUCAUAUCAUUAUCAUCAAAGUAUAUAGACUACGACAUCACUUUCCUCUUUCUAGGUUCUCAGAUAUCAUUUUGUACAAGUAGCAGUGUUUUGACGCACUUAUUCAUAAUCAAUCUAUUUUAAUAUUUCGA